CUACUUUUUCUCCCGACAUAAACACUAUCGCCAUCAAAUUUCUCCCAAGAUUUCAUCAAUGGCUCCCGAUCAAGAAGAAGACCCCAAACCCCAGUUCCCUCUUGACUCACAUUCCUACAGAAUUCUCGAUGAAAUCGGCGCCGGGGUUAGUGCGACUGUUUACAAAGCCGAAUGCGUUCCCAUGAACUCUACUCUCGUCGCCAUCAAGGCCAUCGAUCUUGAUCGGUUACGCCCCGAUUUCGAUAGCGUCCGACGCGAGACCAAAACGAUGUCCCUUCUUUCCCACCCGAAUGUCCUCCGUGCGCUCUGUUCUUUCACCGUUGAUCGCCGUCUCUGGGUUGUUACGCCUUUCAUGUCGGCGGGGUCUUUGCAGUCCAUUAUGUCGGCAGCGUUUCCUGACGGUUUGCCGGAGCAGUGUAUUGCCGUUGUUCUCAAAGAAACGUUGAAUGCGUUGGCGUAUCUCCACAAACAGGGGCAUUUACACAGGGAUAUAAAGGCCGGAAACAUUCUGGUGGAUUCCAAUGGGUCCGUUAAGCUUGCGGAUUUUGGUGUUUCAGCUUCGAUUUAUGAUUCUAGCUCGGUGGGUGCUUCGUCUUGGUCGGUAUCCUCACCGCGGUUGAUGUUCACCGACAUGGCGGGGACCCCGUACUGGAUGGCUCCGGAGGUGAUACACUCGCAUACGGGGUACAGUUUCAAAGCUGAUAUUUGGUCUUUUGGGAUUACUGCUCUCGAAUUAGCUCAUGGAAGGCCGCCGUUGUCCCACCUCCCUCCGUCCAAAUCUCUGCUGAUGAAGAUCACCAAACGGUUUCGAUUUUCCGAUUACGAGAAAUCCAAGAAGCCAAAGAAGAAAUUCUCCAAAUCUUUCAAGGACAUGGUGGGUUUAUGUCUGGAUCAAGACCCAUCCAAGAGACCCACGGCAGAGAAACUUCUGAAGCACUCGUUCUUCAAGAACACCAGAGGAUCAGAAUUUCUAAUGAGGAAUCUGUUGCAGGGGCUACCUAGUGUUGAAGAUAGGUACAAAGCAAGCAAGAUUGCAAACAAGAACAUCGUUGGUGAUGAUGACGAGGACGAUCACGGUGAACCCACCAAGACGAGGAGGAUCAGUGGGUGGAAUUUCAACGAGGAUGGCUUCGAGCUCGAUCCUGUUUUCCCUCACGACCCAAAAUUAUCGGACUCUGUAGGGGCGAAGAGGGUAUGUUUUGGUGGAGAAACGAUCAUUCCUAACUUACAACUUAAUAAGAAGAGUGGGUCUAUUGAAUCCAGCGAAGAAGCUGGUCAUGGCAGGGACGCUACUGUUGCUCCAGUAACUGAAAAAAUGGAAUCCGGUGAGACAGAUGUCUCCGGUGAGUUAAAUCCUGCAGUCAAGGAAGCAGGAAAAGAGCAGUGCGGUAAUCGCAAAGAGUUCCCUGUUGUUGCUACCGCUAUGGUUAAGGAAGCAGGACAAGUGGAGGGUGGCAGUGACAGAAACUCAAGAGAGGAUCCUGCUAUUCCUGGACCUGCAGUUGUGGACGGAGGAGAAACGGUAGCAGGACAAGGCAGAGUGGGUGGUCCGGUGGCUGUAGCUGGAGGCAACAUUACUUACCCAGAAGGGUUUUUGAGGGGUCUAGUGGGAUUGAGGAACAGUUUGUAUGAGCAGGAGGAUAACGUCUCGAAUCUGAUUGCCAUGUUCGGAGGGGGAUUGAGCAGAGAGGCUCAGCUGAGGAAGGAGUUGGAGGAGCAGAGGAUCAACAACCUUAGACUGGAAAUGGAGUUGGAGGUUUACAGACUUCUUCUUUCUCCUUCAUCUGGAAGGUAGACAACCUCAAUUCCUCUGUUUGGAUCCACGUUAAUUAUAUUAAGAGUUGAAAUCUGUGUUUUGGGAAUCUCAUUACUUUAAUUUCUUUAAUUUGAUUAAAUUGUAAGAAUUCAU